CUGUGGAAGGUCAUUUGGCUGAAGGGGGAAUUUUUUUCUAAACGGCCCCCACCUUCAGGUGGGAAUAUCAUACUUACGAAGAUUAAAGGACUGAAGCAGGAGUUAGUUUAUCUGCGUCUGAUGCUCAGUUCCUGGGAAACCUGGACAAAGCAGCUCCUCUGAAUGGUCAUGAUCUACAGGAAACAUGACAGAGGCAUAUGCAGUUAUGUACUAUGUAGAAAGAGAUAAAUGAGCAUGAUGUGUGAUGAUAAAUACCAGGUUCCUAACUUCAGCCACCAUGUCGAGCUCCCAGCAACGUCUCAUCCAGGGCAUGCACCAGGACCUCAGCUGCCCCAUCUGUCUCAAGCUGUUCCAGUCUCCUGUGACAACAGAAUGUGGGCACAGCUUCUGUCAGGAGUGCUUGUCCCAGGUGCCCAAGGAAGAGGAUGGCAAGGCCACGUCCUGCCCCACCUGCCAGGCUCUCACCAAGGUGGAGCAGCUGCGCAUCAACCAGCAGAUGGAGCACCUGGUGGAGUGCUUCCGGCAGGUCCCCCGUGACCACUGUGAGGAACACCUAGACCCACUGAGCGUCUAUUGUGAGCAGGACCGGCAGGUCAUCUGUGGAGUGUGCGCUUCUUUGGGCAAACACAAGGGACACAACAUCAUCACUGCUGCUGAGGCCCACCAAAGGAUGAAAAAGCAACUUCCUCAGCAGCAAGUCCAGUUGCAAGAAGCCCAAGUGCGAAAGGAGAAGACCAUUGCUCUGCUGAACCGGCAAAUAGCAGAAGUGGAGGAUACCGUGUCUCGGUUCAAGCAGCAGGUGUCAGAACAGCUGGGAGUGAUGCGUGCCUUCUUGGGAACACUGGAGGCCUCUCUGGGCAAGGAAGCUGAGCGUGUGCAGCAUCAGGCCACAGAUGCUUUGCAAAAUGAGCGCAAGACCAUGACACGCUAUCUGGACCAGCUCAAGCAGAUGGAGGCUGUGUUGGGAGACGUGCAAGAGGAACCACAGACUGAGUUUCUCAGGAAAUACUGCCUAGUAGCCAGCAGAUUGCAGAAGAUCCUUGGAGAAUCCCCGCCCAUCGCCCGCAUGGACAUCCAGCUCCCCAUCAUUUCAGAUGAGUUCAAGUUCCAGGUGUGGAAGAAGAUGUUCCGUGCACUGAUGCCAGGCUUGGAGAACCUGACCUUUGAUCCUGACACCGCUCAACAAAACCUUGUGGUGUCAGAGAAUGGCAAGCGGGUGGAGUGUUCAGAGCACAAGCAAGCUGUAAGCGGGGAGGACUCACAGCGCUUUGAUAAGGCCAACUGUGUGGUAACGCACCAGAGUUUCUCGAAGGGUGAGCAUUACUGGGAGGUGAUCGUGAGUGAUAAGCCACGCUGGGCUCUGGGCAUCAUCUCAGCUGAGGUUGGGCGCAAGGGCCGCCUGCACGCCACCCCAUCUAACGGCUUUUGGCUAGUGGGGUGUAAAGAAGGCAAGAGCUAUGAGGCCUACGUGGAGCACAAGGAGCCACGGCCACUGAAGCUGGAGGGGAAGCCCAGCCGUAUUGGCAUCUACCUCAGCUUUGAUGAUGGCAUCCUCACCUUCUACAAUGCCAGUGAUGAAGACAACCUGGUGCAGAUCUUUGCCUUCCACGAGCGCUUUACUGGCACGGUCUAUCCCUUCUUUGAUGUCUGCUGGCACGACAAGGGCAAAAACAGCCAACCUCUGAUCAUCUACACUCCAGAGCCAGAAGCAUAAUAACCAAUCAGUGACCACAGAAGAAAUAUCUUGAACUUUAUUCAAUGACAAUUUAUGUUAGACAAACCUAGGCCACGAGUAGCCACAGCUCUGGUUCUAAAGCCCAGAAGUGUCCAGGAAGGCCCACACCAGGCCAAAACAUAACCUACAUCCCCAGCAACUGUUGACAUUUUAACUCCGCUCUGUGUUCCACAAGAUAUCCAAAUCGCACUUAUGUACACAGACAGAAGAGUCACUAUGCCCAGCAUAAAUAUAGAAUCUUGCAUGGA